AUGGGUUCUCAUGGUAAGAGUAAGAACAGACGAAGAGACGAAUCCGAUGAUUCCUCCUUGGAAGAAAUAAAGGAGUAUAUGGCCAAAAGAGCUCUGAAGAAGGCAGUAAGAGCAUCAAAGAAACUUAAGACGUGGUCAGUGUCAGGUUAUUCCAAUGAUUCAAACCCUUUUGGUGAUUCAAACCUCACUGAGACAUUCGUGUGGCGGAAGAAGAUUGCAAAAGAUGUUUACCAUGGAGCAUCUCUGGAUGAAUUCUCUGUUAAAGCUGAGAGGAGAAGACGUAGGGGGAAUCUUGCAGAGGUUGAGAAGGUUAAGAAUAGGAGAGAAGAGAGUGCAGUGGAGAAAGCUCGACAUGAGGAAGAUAUGGCAUUACUGGCUAGAGAACGUGCUCGAGCUGAGUUUCAAGAUUGGAAGAAGAAAGAGGAAAAGUUCAAUUUCUAUCAGAGCAAGGCGAGGUCAGCGAUUAGAUUAGAUCAAGGUCGAGCGAAGCCAAUCGACGUCCUUUACAAGUACGUGGAUGAUUCAGAUGAUGUGAAUAUCGAGCUUAGUGAACCUUACAUGGUUUUCAAGGGACUUGAUAUCAAAGAUUUGGAAGAGCUUCGUGAUGAUAUCAAAAUGUACAUGGAUUGGGAUCGAGCAACUCCAACACGAGUACAGUAUUGGGAGGCUCUUAGCGUGAUAUGCGAUUGGGAGUUAGCUGAAGCUCGUAAAAAGGAUGCCCUUGAUCGAGCUAGAGUUAGAGAAGAGGAAUUGCUUGCUGCUCAAGAAAGAGGACUACACGCUGGUGUUGAAGCUGAUGUGAGAGAACUUCUUGAUGGGAAGACUCACGCGGAGCUUGUACAACUGCAGUUUGACAUUGAAUCACAGCUGCGUUGUGGAGCAGCCAAAGUAGUAGAGUAUUGGGAAGCGGUUCUUGAACGUAUCAGUAUAUACAAGGCAAAGGCUUGCUUGAAGGAAAUAAACGCUAAGAUACUCAGCAGACAUCUACAUCGCCUCGAGAAACUUUCAGAUGUGGUGGAAGAAAAGGAUGAUGGUGUAAACGGCAUGAAUCUUUCAGAUGAUGAAGAAACAUUCUCACUAGAAGAGGCUGGUUCGUUUUCACCAGAGCUCAUUCAGGGUGAUGAUAGUGAUCAAGAAGCAAUCGAUCCUGAUGGAGACAAAACCCUACUAGAAAUGGCACGGAUGGUUGUGUUGGAGGAACAGAGGAAGCGGCUUAGAGAAGCUAUGGACUCAAAUUCAUCACAAGUGGAAGAUAACUUGGAGCUUAAGGCAAUGAAAAGAAUGGGAGAACCGGGGGAAGGUGAUGUUUUAUUUGGCUCUAAUGCUGAAGUGAACCUUGAUUCCAAGGUAUACAAGUGGGAUGACAAGUACCGGCCAAGAAAACCCAAGUAUUUCAACCGAGUUCACACGGGUUACGAGUGGAAUAAGUAUAACCAAACACAUUAUGAUCACGACAACCCGCCUCCAAAAUUUGUUCAAGGGUACAAGUUUAACAUCUUCUACCCGGAUUUAGUAGACAAGACUAAGGUUCCCACUUGUGUUAUAGAAAAAGAUGGGACAAGCUCUGAAACUUGUAUAAUCCGGUUCGAAGCUGGUCCGCCUUAUGAAGACAUUGCGUUUCGGGUCGUGAAUAAAGAAUGGGAUAAAUCUCACAAGAAAGGUUACAAAAACACGUUCGAGAAUGGGAUUCUGCAUUUGUACUUCAACUUUAAACGACAUCGGUACAGGCGUUAA